CACAAUCAGGCUGUCGAGAGCACACUCCUCUGCGAUAGAGGAAACCUCUCUUAUCCCCUCUCGUCUCGUCUCCCGGGAAGGAACGGGCGCUGCCGAGCUCGCGCCACCCAUCGCCGAUGGCGUCCUCCACUCUCGCCGCUCCCCCCUUCCUCCCGACUCUUCCCGCCCCAAACCCCAGUAAGCGAGUGUCCAUCCGAACCUCCGUUCGCCGUCUCCCCGUCGCAGCCUCCGCGGCCCCUUCGGGCGCCGCUGCGGCGGCGAGGGAGCGCAGGCGCUUCCUGGAGCGGUACGGGCUCAACCCCGACGACUUCGAGGAUGACGCGGAGGAGGACCCAAGGGAAGAGAGGAGGAGGGAUAGGCGGGGGCGGCGGCGGUCGGGGAGAGGGGAGGAGGCCGCGGAGGCUUCGGUUGCUCCGUCGAAAGCGACGGAGCCUCGGGAGACUCACAAAUUGCUUCAGGUGCUAGGUGGAAAAGUCCGUAGAAGAAAAUUACUUUCACCCAAAGAUAGGAAUGUUCGUCCAAUGAUGGAAGUAGUCCGAGGAGCAGCCUUUGACAUUUUGCAGUCAGCUGGUGGUUCUCCUGCUUCACUCAGACCAGGUCGGUGGUUAGACUUGUAUAGUGGUACUGGAUCUGUUGGAAUCGAAGCUAUGAGCCGAGGAUGUUCAGAGGCACAUUUUGUUGAGAUGGAUCCUUGGGUUAUCUCGGAGGUUCUUAAACCAAAUCUGGAGUGUACUGGAUUUCUUGAUGUCUCACAGAUACAUAUGCUUCGUGUUGAAAAUUUUUUGGCCAAUGCCGAAAAAUCUCAAGGUAAAUAUCCUUCCUUUGAUUAUAUUAGUGUAACACCACCAUAUCUGGAGGUCAACUAUAGCACACUACUCGAUCAACUUUCAAGGUCACCAUUGGUUGGAAAAGAUUGUUUCAUUCUAGUUGAGUACCCACUGAAAACAGAUAUGGCUGAAUCCUGCGGAAACCUUAUAAAGAUAGCUGACAGGAGGUUUGGUAGAACCAACUUGUUAAUAUACGGGCCAACAUGGUCAGAGAAAAAGAGAAGAACUUGAGAUGAUUUCUGAAGCAUCAAGGCAACACACAAGAUAUAUACUUGAUGACGAGAAAUGAGGUUGUUACAUCAUAUCAUCGCCUGCCAAGAAUUGAUACCACCGUUGGGCGAGGUUAAGCUUUCAACUUCUGUACCAGAGAUAACUGACCUAGCGCAUAGGAAAAACGUCAUUCACGGUGCAUUAAGAGAUCAUACGUCUCUUUCAUUCCGGUUCACCGAUCGGCAUCCCAGAAUGAAAAAAAUGGCCAUCUGCCUUCCAAGCAUCAGCAUCAGGUCACAUUUCAUAACACCUUGGGAAAGAGAUGUCUGACUGUACGUUGCUAUUGCUAUGUUAAUUGAGUAACUGAUGCCGCAUCUAGUAUUCUUUUGAGAAGGCUUGUACACUUCCAUAAUUGUAUCAAGCGUGCCCGUAUUUUGUGUCCUGUAUGAUCAAGAGUACCUAUAUGUAAAUCAGGUACGCCGGUUCAACCUGCAGCUUUUAGUCUGUUAACAAUAGCUUAACGCACUCGAUCUCAGUAGGCCCAAUGAUGGUGCCGAUUAA